AUGAGUUUUAAGGUCUUUCCAGAUGCACAAGAGCAUGAGCGAGAUUGGACCUAUGAGAAGAAUUCUCAUGAUCUUGAGGAUCAGCACCACCUCUCACCAUCUUUGUCGUGUUCGUCCUCCAUUAUAUCUUCUGAAAUAUCGUCCUCGGAUUGGAUGUUGCCCGAUUUAUCAAAUGCUCCUGAACUCAAGAUCCAUCACGUGCAUUUGCAUCAUCAUCAUUUGAAUUCGGACCAACAGAAAAAUGAAACAAAUUCAUCUACAGACGACGACACGCAGGCCCUGUUAGAGGCUCUUGGUUUGGAAGAAGAUGGUCACGGUAAUUUAGUUUCAAAUGCUGCAUCUUAUUUGGAAGAUGAUGAGGAUUUUGAAGUUUCCAGAUUUAUUGAAAAUUAUUGUUGUGGACCAGUGUCAUCUGCUUGUCCUAAUUACAAUAACAAUAAUUCAAACAACCAUUCCACGAUAUUUGAAAACAAUCCUAUCAACAACAACACCAUGCAAACUACAAUAUUUGAUAACCAACAAUUAAUCUCCAAAAAGUAUGGAUUGUUUAACGUGAUGGAUAGUGUUACAACGGAUGGAGAUUGUACUGCAUCGGAAAAACCCAACCAGAUUCAAAAAACGCUUUCUCCAUCAAAAGAACGAAAUUAUAUUUCAGAUAUAUUAGAGGACUCGUCACUCAACAUGACAAUGGAAGCAUUGAACCAGUCUGCUGACUUCCAAUUGAAACAAAUCGAUAGCAUGAUCCAAAAUAUUCUUCAAAAAUACCAAACUCCUCAAAAACAAUCCCAAAAAUUGAGUUCCACCUCGGUUUACAGAAAGCAUGAUUUUCCUACUUCUUCUAAUAAUCCACAAAAUGGCCAACAGGCAACCAAUCAUCCACCACCUUCAAAGUCUUCACCUUCUUCAAAACCUGUAAAGUCAUCAUCCCGCACAUCGUCCAUUAACUUAUUAGCUCAAUAUAAUUCACCAAAAGCUAAGACAUCAUCUAAAACGAAAGCGAAUUAUUCUCCAGCAAAAGAACCAUCAUUGACAGCUCAAUAUCAAGCCAUUUCACCGAAAACAGCUGUAAAGAAUUCUCCCAAAGGAACAUCUCAUUCGAAAAAUUCAACAGCUGUCCUUUCGAAUGAGAAUACCGAACACUCUGAGAAUACAAAAUCCUCGCAUGAAAUUUCAAAAACCUCUUCAUCAUCAUUUAAAGAAAAGGAGGGAGAAACAUUUUUUGAGAGAGCUGUAAAUUGGAAAGCAAAUGUUGAAAAAGCAAACAAACAAAAACAAAAAGAGUUAAAUAGAUCUAUCAAACAAGAAUGCUCCUUCAAGCCAGAAAUUAAUCCUAUAUCUAUUCAAAAACGACAUGAAGAUAACAUGGACGUGCAUGAUCGAUUGUACAUUGACUCAUUCAGAGCAUCUGACAAAAAUGAUGAAAUACGAUACAAACUAACAGAAGAAGAGUUUAGAAAAACUUGUACUUUUAAGCCAAAACUUUUGAAUAAUUUUUCAAUCUCUUCCAAGUACAGAGAUAUUUCCCCUAAAAAAGCCCCACCCACCAAAGAACUUCCCUUAGAUGAAGAAUGUACUUUUAAACCUCAAACCAAUGAUUCCAUAUGUUUUAACAGGAGCUGUAUGGAUUAUUUGAGUGAAGAUGCUUUUUCACGACUGAGCAAAAGAAAAACACCGAAUAUUUCUCGCUCCGAUCCACAUAUUGUUGAGAAUGAAAAAUUCGACAUGUUGUUUAUGAGCAGGCCUAAAUCUGCAGGUAAAUUCACCAGACCUUCUUCGAACUUUCACGAGUUUCUAAAACGGCAACAGGAUUUAAUUGAAGAUCGAGAACGAAAAGUGGAUUUUAUCAAAAUGACAGAACAUCCAUUCAAGCCUUCAAUUAAUGAGAAGAGCGUCGCUAUUGUGAAUCGAACUGAAUUUGAGAAGAGAUGUGAAUUUUAUCAACAAAGAAGAGAACUAACUUUGAAACGAGCGCUCGAUGAGGUACAACAACAGUGUACAUUUAAACCUAGCAUUUCACGUAAGGCCCAAAACUUACCGCAAAAAUCUGCCGAUCAACUUUGUAGAGAUGGAAUUGAGAAAAAGGAAAAGAAAUUGCAACAAUUACAACAGGAAUUAUUGGAUAAGGAGUUACAAGGAGCCACCUUCAAGCCAAAUAUCUCCAAAACAAGGGACAAACAAUUAUCUACUUCCAUUAUUAAUAAUUCUUUCUUGUUAGAAAAGAAACAACAAGAAAAAGAACGGAAAUUGAGGGAGAUUGCCUUUGAAAAUGAAAGAAAACUCAUGAACGAGUGCACCUUUAAACCUGUCAUUCAUGACUCUCCCAGUUACGUUAAAAAGAUUGCUCGAUCCAUGUCAGCCACUAGAACUAGAUAUGCCAAUCAAGUACAGAAUGACAAACCCCAAUGGAGGUAA